AUUUAUUUUUAGCAUCAUUCUGACUACAAGAAAGCAAAGGUCCCUUGAUAGUGUCCGUGCAAUUAAAAGGGAAGCAAGCGUUAGUUCAUCCCGUUGUGAACCAGUGAACCAGAUGCCUAUUUCAAAGCAAAGUUUGUUCUAAAAUUUUUCGACUUUCAGUGUCGUUAAAGUGAAAGGCCCCAGAAGCUCAGAGAAAACCAUGUUUUUAAAAGAAUGAAUCAGGAGGAUCGAAAUGUUUAAAGACAGGUUUAGCAUGCCGAGCAUGUGAUCAAUUAACGUUUUGUUAAGAAUUAACCGAUCUGUUCACCGAUGCAUGACCAAACACACACUCAACUCGCGAUUUUGCCACGACGAAGGUCGAACACUCGACAUCUAUCGAUGUCAGUUGGUCAAAAAUCGCAAGAGCGCGCGAUUUUAACAUUAAGUGCUUCACUUGCCCACGCCGUCCGCCGACACAACUUGUAUCCCUUUGGGAAGCUUGGUGACCAGAGUUGUUCUGACCAAUAGGAAGUCGUAGCGGGACUUUCGACGGAAAGAAGGCAUAACUGUCAAACGUUACGCCAUGUUUGAUGCGAUUGUUUUCAUUGUCGAAGAGAAAGUGUUUGAUUGAUUAUCACCUCUUUUGUGAAAUUUCUGCCAGUUGAAGGAACUGAUCAUGUCAGACUCAAAGACGGCAAAGAGACCACUAUCAAGUGAGAUUAUAGUUCCUGAAAGGCCUUGGAAACAAAGUAAAUCUUCCAACAGCCAAGAACAAAUGGAUAGCCAUCUUGAUAGUCAGGCUUGGUUUUCUGACUGUGAUUACUCAGGUUCCAAGUCACCAGAAAAUGAUGUUGAAUUUAUGGAAUUAGAUGAAAAUAGUACAUCUCCAUUGACAGACAGUGAGGAAAGCUGCAGCGGAGACUCUGGAUUCCAAUGCAAUGGUAUCCAUCCUGUGGACAUAUUAGAUGAAGAUGCCAAAGCAAUAGAAGGACCACUAUCACCUAAAGAAAAUGACAAGACUAGCUCAGCACAACCUGAAGAAACACUUGAAAAUGGCAUUCCAACGAAUGUACUUGUUGGGGAUAAUUAUGUUCGACUACCUCGGCCGAUUCUCUGGUCUUGGUAACGAAAAGUCCACGAUUAGUCAAGUUUUAAAAUAUUUUAUAACCUGUAAACGCAGAAUGAACUUCCCUGGACUGGAUACCUCGGAGAACUUGAUACGGCAAACCAACAAGCACGCACUCAAGCAGUCUUUGCUGUCAUGUAGUGGACUCAGUCAACGGUGUGUUCACAUAACCAAAGUUACAUUGUUCUGACCUCCAGGUAGCAGAAGCGGAUGUAAAUGAUGUCUGGUUUGCUUUUCCUAGCUACUUUAUUGUUUUCUCGUAUAUCUCACCUGCGUCGUACCCUUUCUAGUACUCGUCAAGUAACUGGAAAGCCGACCAAGGGGGUAGCCUGUUCGCAGGCUACAGGGAGGAGUGUGAAGUGACAGAAUGAAGCCUUUUCAAUACUGAAAGAUCGCCUUACUAUCUAUAACAUUUGCGUAUAAAGAACAACCCGAUUUAAGUGAUCUACACCCACCAACUUUUUCGGUAACUAGUCGUUUCGCCCGAUGUCAGGUCGCCCGCAUUAAAGGUCCGUUCGCCAGGACUGACAGUUCAAAGAAAGAUGGGCUUAAAAUUCCUCCUUAAGGUAACAGCGAAAAAGACAACAUUGUGGGUAUAACGAAACAAAAUUACACAAGACAUGUUAAUUUCUCGUUCUUUAAUCCAUUGACCACGGAGCUUAUUGUCCGGGCCAACUGUAGUCUCCGCCGCAGCCGUUUGUUUUCGGGG